AUGGAGAUUAAGCAGUUGGAAGAUGAAGUUUUCAUCUAUCAAAAGAAGUAUGCCAAGGAAAUUCUCAAGAAGUUUCGUAUGGAGGAUUGCAAGGCAAUGGCCACUCCAAUGAAUCAAAAGGAGAGCUUGAGCAAAGAGGACGGGACUGACAGAGUUGAAGAGGGUUACUUUCGAAGUCUGAUUGGUUGUCUAAUGUAUCUCACGGCAUCAAGACCAAACAUUUUAUUUUCUGUAAGUCUCUUAUCUCGUUUUAUGCAUUGUGCUACUAAAAUGCACUUAAGAGCAGCAAAAAGAGUAGUGAGAUACAUUAAAGGAACAAUUGAAUUUGGUGUGAAGUUUAAGAAAAGCCAAGAUUUCAAGCUGUUAGGAUUUUCUGACGGUGAUUGA